CAGUAAUUUUCCUCCAUUUGGAGAUUUUUUGGAUCCCUUUUACCUUCUCCGAUGUUAUCGCCGGCAAAAUGUGAGUCAAAAGAGGCAGCCACAGCUCAAUCAGAUCUCCAUUCUUCUUCUAGAUCCGAACCGGAAUGCCUCUCUCUCGUCCUCUGGGUGCCUAAUCCUGAAGCUUCCGAAGAAGCUGCUCAGUCGUCUAGUAGAGCCACGAAGCUCUCCGACGGAGAAAUGAGUACAAGGAGAUCCACGAGGCUCAAUCUCUAUUCGCCUAAAGAGAUUGGAGAAGGAGAAGGUAGAAUUUCGCAGAGACAGUCCUCCUCCCGUGGUAAAUCGCCGCUGCUGAUGCUGACGAACAGUUGUCAGGUUCGGAGGUCGCCGAGAUUUACGCCGGUGGAUGGAGUAAUCGAAAAUGUAGGCUCGGUUCCGGUGACCGGAAAGUUUGGGUCGAGGAAGAAAAAGAGUAGUAGUGCUCUCGUUAAGAAAGAGAGCUUAGAUUCUGAGGUAUUGACAUUCAAAGACAUAGCUGGAAUUGUCAAGAGCUUGGAGAUGGAAAUCGUUUCCGAGAGCCAAGAUAAGAACAACAAUGCUGAAGCUAGAUCGCAAGAUCAAGCUAAGAGAAAAGGUGGCAGUGAUACGUUAUCUUCAACCAUCAAGCAUUGUAACCAGAGUAGCAAUAAACGAAUGAGGAGAUCUCCUAGGUUCACUAAGGGGAUGGAGGGAGACGAUUAUAUAGGCAAGUCUAAAGAACAAGAGAAGCCUGUGACAUCUCCAAACUCAUCCAUAAGAUCUCCUACGCUAUCUGGAAUUGUUGAAAAUGGCAACAGAGAAACUUUGAACACAAGAAAAAAUUGUGGCCAGGCAUUAUGUGGUGGGAAACAGGUGAGAGGAACUAAGAAGCUGCUGCAAAGUAGUGAGGAUGGUAACUGUUGGGAGGCUAUAAAGAAAUGUGAAGGUGAUGACCUUGCUUCAUACAAGCAAGAGGUAUUAAAUUUUCCUUCAGGUUGCAUCAAACCAAAUGUAAAUGGUAGUAGGGACAAGACGUUAAGAAAAUUCAGAUCUUCUGACCUAAAUGAGGGUGAUAUACGCAUUAGCUCUUUGGAAAUUAGCGAAGGUGGCACGUCUAAUGGAUCAACUAUGAAGACUGGGUUAGUGGAACAAAAGUCAAUGGAGUAUUCACGUCAGGGUAAAACUAGUGAUUGCGGUGCUGAUAACGGAGUAACUGAGCAUGCAAAUUCUACUCUCAUCUAUAUAUCUGACAGCGAUGAAGAGCCGCCGGCCAAGAAUGUACAAAAUCCAGUUGAAUAUUUGUAUACGAAAAGUUCAAAUGGAGAUAUUUUGGUACAAGAUACAAGUGGAUCUACCCUCUCCUCUGGGGGAAAUAGGAGACUCGCACCAUUGGAUCUAAAUUGUCCAACCAAAUCAACCAAGGGAAAGAGAGUGACCCGUACUGCUGUGCGUGAUAAGCAUGAACAUGGUAUCUUCUUUUUCAUUGGAGAGCCAAUUCCUUGCGAGGAGGCUCAAGAAAGAUGGCGCUGGAGAUAUGAUCUCAAGGAACGCAAAUCUAAGAGUAAAGACCAACAGUCAGAAGAUGACGAAGACAAGAUUGUUGCAAAUGUGGAAUGCCAUUAUUUGCAAGCAAAAGUCGACAAUCAGACGUUUAGCCUUGGAGACUUUACCUACAUAAAGGGUGAAGAAGAAGAGAAGCAUAUUGGCAAGAUAGUAGAAUUUUUUAAAACAACAGAUGGAGAAUGCUACUUCCGAGUUCAGUGGUUCUACAGAGCAACAGAUACAGUAAUGAAACAGCAGGCUACUUAUCAUGACAAAAGGCGUCUCUUCUAUUCUACUGUAAUGAAUGACAACCCAAUAGAUUGUAUUAUUUCUAAAGUUACUGUUUUACAAGUAUCUCCCAGGGCAGGAUUGAAGCCCAGUUCUAUAAAAUCUGACUUCUAUUUCGAUAUGGAGUAUUGCGUGGAAUAUUCAACAUUUCAAACCUUGAGAAAUCUUGAAUCUACCGAAAACAAGCUUGAGUUUUGUGACGAUGUGGUACCACCGGAAAUCACUGAAUCUCUUUUGGAAAAUAAACUUUUUAGCAAAGAGCUUCCUGUGCUUGAUCUUUACAGUGGUUGUGGUGGAAUGUCGACUGGAUUGAGUCUUGGAGCCAAGAUUUCUGGUGUUGAUGUCGUGACGAAAUGGGCUGUCGACCAGAAUUUGGCUGCCUGUGAGAGCUUGAAACUAAACCAUCCACAGACGCAGGUUAGGAAUGAUGCUGCUGGAGACUUCCUCCUACUUUUGAAGGAGUGGGAUAAAUUGUGCAAGCGCUAUGUGUUUAAUAAUAAUCAGACAACUGAUACAUUGAGAUCCAUAAAUUCAAAAAGAGAAACCAGUGAACGUAGCUCUUCUAGUGACGAUUCAGAACCUGAGGAGUACGAAAUUGAAAAGCUAGUUGAUAUAUGUUAUGGUGAUCCUGACAAUACAGGAGCAUCUGGACUGAAGUUCAAGGUGCAUUGGAAAGGAUACAACAGCAACGAAGAUACUUGGGAGCCAGCAAAGGAAUUGAGCAAUUGCCAAGAUUCCAUGCGGGAUUUUGUGAUAAGUGGAUUCAAGACCAAGAUCUUGCCACUUCCUGGCGAUGUUGGUGUGAUAUGUGGGGGACCUCCAUGCCAAGGAAUUAGUGGCUAUAACCGCUACAGGAAUGUCGAUUCUCCGUUGACUGAUGAAAGGAAUCAGCAAAUUAUAGUUUUCAUGGACAUAGUGGAGUAUCUGAAACCGGCAUUUGUGUUGAUGGAAAAUGUUGUUGAUAUUCUGCGUUUGGACAAAGGUUCUCUCGGGAGAUACGCUUUGAGCCGUCUUGUGCACAUGAGAUACCAAGCAAGGUUAGGUAUCAUGACAGCUGGUUGCUAUGGUCUUGCCCAAUUCCGUUCCCGAGUUUUCAUGUGGGGAGCUGAUCCGAACAAGAACCUACCUCCAUUUCCGCUUCCAACGCAUGAUGUUAUUGUCAGAUAUGGGUUUCCACUUGAGUUCGAGCGGAAUGUAGUUGCUUAUGAUGAAGGCCAACCUAGAAAUCUUGAAAAAGCUCUUGUUCUAAAAGAUGCAAUAUCAGAUCUUCCUCAGGUGUCAUACGACGAAGUCCGGGAAAAAAUGCCUUAUGGAAAUCUCCCGGAGACAGAUUUCCAGAAAUACAUUAGAUCAACCAAACACGAUAUGACAGGCUCUGCAAUUGAUAAGUGUACAAAAAGGACGAUGCUUCUGCAUGAUCACAGGUCGGUUCCUAUGUUUGAAGAUGAUUAUCUCCGAGUUUGUCAAAUCCCAAAGAGGAAGGGAGCUAAUUUCAGGGAUCUUCCAGGUUUAAUUGUCAGAAACGACAAUACAGUCUGCCGUGAUCCAUCAAUGACUCCGGUCAUUCUGCCAUCGGGAAGGCCUUUGGUACCAGAAUACGUCUUUACUUUUCAGCAAGGGAAAUCUAAAAGACCGUUUGCACGUCUUUGGUGGGAUGAAACAGUUCCAACCGUUCUAACAGUCCCGAGUUGCCACAAUCAGGCGUUAUUGCAUCCAGAGCAAGAUCGACUACUAACCAUAAGAGAAUCCGCACGGCUUCAGGGUUUCCCUGAUUACUUCCAGUUCUGCGGAACCGUUAAACAAAGGUAUUGUCAGAUUGGAAAUGCAGUGGCAGUCUCGGUUUCUCGUGCUUUGGGUUAUUCUCUUGGAAUGGCUUUUCGUGGUGUAGCCCGAGACGAGCAUCUGAUAACUCUUCCCCAGAACUUUUCUCAUUCAACUUAUCUUCAGCUUCAAGAAACCAUUCCACAUUAAAGACUUGUACUUGUUCCAUUACUUCCUACAUGAAGCUUCAUUCAACCGACUACAUUUCACCUCAAAAUGACUAAAUUGUACUUAUUUGUUGUUUAGUUAUACAGAUCAUGGAUUGACGCAUUGCAAUAAAGAUAUAUAACAAACUA